UCAAGACUUAGAAGCUCAGAUCUGGGUUCUUGCUUAUUUUAUUUACUCUUUCAGUUUAUUUCUUUCUAAUGGGUUCUCGUUUUCAUAACAGUCAGGUCUCCAUCGUUAUGACUUUCCUCUCUCUUUUCCUCUCUCGUCCUCCUUUGCUGACAAAUAAAAGUCAUAACUGGAGGUGUAGUGCUAAGGACGAGAGAGAGAGAGAGAGAGAGAUGAAGAGAUUACGUGGGAUUACCUCAAGUACAAAUUUUUACUUUAUUUCCAUUUUUUUAGAACUUUAGAUGUUAAUAAACAGGAUUUUGAUGAUGAUAUUGAAGACGACAACUCUACCACAGUUUCCAUUGUUAUCUUCAGUGUAAUUCCUCACGGGAAAGAGUACACAGGGUUUUUCAAAAGAUGGUUUCACUCGGUUUUCUCUUUCUUUAGUAUUUUUUUUCCCUUAUUAAAUUCCUUACCUGAAGAAAUGAAGAGAAUGGUUUUUCCACUUUACAGUUGACGAAUCUGACCUAAAGCUCAGUUUUUGUUUUUUCGCGUGGAAGGUCACGUAGCAUCGUAUGUUGACAACUCAGGGAAGAAAGGAAACAGUGUUUUCUGUGUUUCUUCUUCCUAACCCUCUUCAUAGAGUGAAAGUUAACAACUGGGUUUCCACUAAAACACACUCUCCAGAGACACAGAGAGAGAAGAAGGGGAGAGGGAGUUAGUGUUCCAUGCAGUAGCUUGUUUGACAUGGUGACUGUGAGAUGUGGGCAUUGUGGAAACUUAUGGUCUGUUAACAUGGCUGCGGCUUUGCAGUCACUGUCUUGGCAAGAUCCCCAGGCACAAAACCUUACCCUGGGGGAUUACAGGACUGAAAUGGGAUCAUCUUCCAAAUGCAACAAGAUCCCUAUGAGAGCAACCACUGCUCAUCAUAACGAAGAAAGAAUCAUAAACCGGCCUCCCGAGAAGAGGCAGCGUGUACCUUCUGCUUACAAUCAGUUCAUAAAAGAGGAAAUCCAGAGGAUCAAAGCCAAUAAUCCAGAUAUCAGUCACAGAGAAGCAUUCAGCACUGCUGCCAAAAACUGGGCUCAUUUCCCUCACAUUCAUUUCGGAUUGAUGUUGGAGACCAACAACAAAGCCAAACUGGACGAGGUGUCUGAGAAUCACUUAAUGACAAAGGCUGGAAUCUUGAACAAAUGAUGAGAUUUAUGUGGCAUCCAGGUCUCAUAAAUAUAUAUGAAGCCUACUUAAUUCUUUUAAGAACCUUUCUGCUGUAGAAGGACAAAAGUAUUUUAAAUUCUCCUUGAUGUAUUUGUUAUCAGUGGUUGUGAUAUGUUUCUUUGAAUUGAAGCAAGGUUUUUUCCCUACCUUUCUACCAA